GAACGCACUAAAAAAAGAAUAAAAAAACUAAAACAUUCAACAAAAACACAUUGUGCAUUGAAUUGAAUUUUAACGUUUGGAUUUGUUUCGUUUGGAAACGAAAAACGUGCUACUGCGAUAAUCGAAAGAAACUUCGUGUAAAAAGUGAUUGAAUUAUUCAGUUGUGAUUUAUAUGUCAGUUUGACAAUUCGUAGAAACGAAUUUUCUUUGUUUCUAUACAUAUAUUGGUCACGACAAGUGAAACAAGCAUCAAUAGCCAUUGGUCUAUGGUUCUCUCUAUGUUUUCGUGAAUUUGAUUUGUCUCUCUUUUUUUACUUGAAAAAGAACUGAAAUAUUCAGCUGUGAUGUUAACACGAAGGAAACGCAUCGGCAUUGAUUCAUCGCCAAAAACAUCGAUCAGUAAAAAUGCCCAUUUACUUACAAAGAAAACGAUGCAGGAUUCGGCGAAUAUGUUGAGCACACCACCAACACGACGAAAUCGAUUUAUGUUGGGCAAUAGUAAUGCAAACGUGAUAAAUGACGAUUCACCGGUGUUGUCGCAAGAAACAAUCAAUAUAGCAUGGAAGUGGAAAAGCGAUACACCAAAUCGUCCAACAAAUAAAACAUCCAAACUAAAACGAACAACAACAAAUGGAAGUAUAGCACAGAUUUCAAGCUUGCAACGAUUUAAGCGAAACAGUAAGGAUAAUCAAACAGCUACAACAUCAUCACCAAUAUUAGUAGCUGAACCCGAAACACAUUCACCAAAAGGCCUGUACAAAUUUCAAGAAGAAAUGCGUAAAAUGCAAGCCGACACCGAGUCGGAUACAUCAUGUGAUAAUAUUUAUAAUGAUAAGUCAAAUACAGAGUCGGAUACGGGCUAUCCAAACAAUUUGGAAGGAGCUGCUCACGCAUAUAACGCUGGGUGUAGUGAUAAUUUGGACGUUUCUAUGCAGGAUGGAAAUGUGGAGCCGCCAAAAAUGACAAGCACACAAAAUUGUACAAUUGGUGACAAUUUAGCCGAUGAUUUAUUGAAUGAUUCGGAUUUCGAUCACAUUUUAUUGACAUGUAAAAUGCCAGUACAGGCUACAGCUCCUUGUGAACAGACCGUAUCGGAAUCGAAUAGAUCAAGUGUGAAGAAAGCCAAUUCGGCACCCGAAAUAAAGGCAAGUGGCAGCGGUAGUACGAGCAGUGGCAGCAAUUGGAAUUUAGUUGACGAUUUCGACGAUUUAGUUAAAGAUAUUGAUUUUGAUGAGGACAUUACAGGCUCGCUGAAUACAUCGGCCAAAUUUACUCGGCACAAAUCAAUGCCGCAACAGCCGCAAAAACCGAGCACAUCAUCAUCAACAACACCGAAAACAUUUAAGCCACAACAAUCCAAGUACGUGGAUAACACUCAUCUAAAUCGGAAAAGUUUCACACGUCAUGAAAGCAUGCCAAUCACAAACCGAUUAAUUAAUCCAUCUACAAAAAACAACAACAUUUCUGCCAAACAACAUUCGGCAUUCCCAUCAACCCAAGAAAAAAAGUGUACUAAGGAGGAAAUAGCUGAAAAACGACGUCAAGCUAUUGAACGGUUGAAAAAUCGUCAGAAACAAGUCAAAGUCAGCACAUAACCAAUUUACGAAUUGAAAACAGUCAUUUUGAAAGGAAACAAAAUUGAAUUGACAUUCAACAAAACCAUUUCUCAUAAAAAAAAAAAAACAUUUAAUAUUUUCUUCUUCGGAUAAAUACUAUGAAUAUUUUUGGAAUUCAUUUUUUUCCGCUAGAAUUUAUACACACACAAGAACAAAUCGAAAAUAGCAAUGAGGAAUAGAAUUUAAUCAUCAAUAGGGAGAUAAAAAUAAUAAUAUAAACGCAUACAUUCAAAUCAAGAUAUCUGAAUUCAGAAUAAAUUCUAUUUGUUGAGUCUGAAUGACAUCUUGUUCUUAAUGGAAGCAAAAAAAAAAAAAUCUUGUCGUCUUGUAUUGUAUUGUUGAAAAUAUUGAUGACACGACAAAUUUGAAUUUAAUAAAAAAC